CAUAUUACAGGUAUGGUAAUAAGACAAUACACUUCUCAAAAUCCCAUACUACAUUCCCCAUCAUCUCCAAAGCAGCUCCCCCCCAUUAAGAUAGGACAUUAAUGUCUCAUUACCUUGCGCAGAUCUACAUCCAGACGAAUACUACAAAGCUCAUACAUCCACGGAAGAGAAUAUCGCAUGUCACCGAGGCCACGGCCCGGCUGGGUUUUACGGCGCAGAAACUUCUGAUUGCGAUUCCCCGUUAGAAUUGGUCGACGCGACCCUCAAUUGGGUUGCCGCCAACUUAAAAGACGAAAUUGAUUUUGUGGUUUGGACCGGCGACUCAGCCCGCCAUGAUAGCGAUGAGGAAAUACCCCGCCAUAACAAGGAAAUUUUAGCCAUGAACCAGAAAAUUGCUGAUGCUUUUGUCACCACAUUUUCGGAUAACAAGGGGCUCGUAGUCCCAGUAGUCCCGACUUUCGGCAACAACGAUAUAUACCCGCACAACAUAUUAUUGCCAGGGCCAAAUAAGAUUCUAAAGACUUAUACCAAUGUUUGGCAGGACUUCAUUCCCGAAGCGCAGCGGCACUCAUUUGAGUACGGUGGCUGGUUUUAUGUUGAGGUUAUCCCCGACAAGCUUGCCGUCUUUAGUCUUAAUACCAUUUACUUUUUCGAUCGCAACGCGGGGGUUGACGACUGUGCGCAUCCAAGCGAACCUGGAUACAAGCACUUUGACUGGUUACGAGUCCAAUUGCAGUUCAUGCGAGACCGCGGGAUGAAGGCUAUUCUUAUAGGCCAUGUCCCGCCUGCUAGGACUUCCGGCAAGCAACUAUGGGAUGAAACAUGUUGGCAGAAGUACACUCUUUGGUUGCAGCAAUAUCGCGACGUUAUUGUUGGUUCUCUAUACGGACAUAUGAACAUAGAUCAUUUCCUACUUCAAGACACCGAGGACAUCGACUAUUCCUAUAUCGGAAGUGAGUCUUUUCAACAAGCGAAUACCCGCGAGACGAUAGAAGACGAUAUCUCGAUAAAAUCGAGUAAAGAUUAUCUUGUAGAAUUGCGAGAGGAUUGGUCCAAAUUGCCAGACCCGGUUAAAGACCAGGACCUUGAAGAAUCUGAAGGGAAAAAGAAGAAGAACAAAAAUAAGAAGAAUAAGGGCAAGAAAGGCAAGAAGGGCGGGAAAGCCAAAUUAGGCGGUCCUUUUGCGGAGCGAUAUCAAUUGACCCUCAUCAGCCCCAGCAUCGUCCCGAACUACUUCCCAAGUCUCCGUGUUUUCGAAUACAAUAUAACUGGCCUGGAAGAUACCCCGACAUGGGUAGAUACGAUGCGCACCUUGAAUGCGCAAGGUUCUUCCUCUCCUCCCGACUCGGAAUGGCGCGAACUAGAACUUCGCGAGGAACCAAGCCGGGAAACCGAAAAGAAGAAAAAUAAGAAAGGCAAGGGGAACAAGGAUGCCGAGAAUCCAAAGGGUCCUGAAGUCCCCAUCCCGGAACCGCCAGCUAAGGGAACACCACCGGGCCCGGCAUAUUUCCCCCAGCCUUUAACUCUUAAAGGAUUUACCCAGUACUACGCGAACCUGACGUAUAUCAACAACGACAUCACAGAAGAGGAAGAGGAGCAGGGGGGUGGAGGCGGAGACGACGGGGUGUCGUCUUGGAGCUGGAACUCGGGCAAACACCGGGACAAGAAACCGAAGCACGCGAAGCCCAAGCCGAGGCAGUUCGCCUUCGAAGUGGAAUACACGACCUUCGACGACAAGAUCUACAAGCUCAAGGACCUGACGGUCAGGAGCUUGCUGCGACUCGCGCAUAGGAUCGGGCAGACUUCGGGCGAUGGUGAUGAUGCCAAGGGGCUUGUUGUUGCUGAGCAGGAUCCCGAGGGUAAUUAUAAUGACGACGACGAUGACGAUAGCGCUGGUGAUGGCGAGUAUGAAGCUGAAGAAGAUAGCGAAGUGGAAGACUCGGGAUCAGAAUUAGAAUUAGAAUCAGACGAGGAUGACAAUGACAAUGAGGAGGGGGAGGAAGAGGUCGAAGUAGAGAAGAAGAACAAGAAGAAGGGGAAGGGGAAGAAGAAGAAGCACGGCAAAGGCCACAAGAAGAGGAAAGACACAAAGGUGUGGCUGCACUUCCUCCGACACGCGUUCGUCAGCACGAAGGGUAUAGACGAGCUGAGGGAUCUUUAACGAACCAUCGUCCUUUUUUUCCUUUUUUUUAGCCUUGUAGUUAGUUACCUAGAGCGGGUUUGGGUCUGGGUUUGGGUUUGGUCAUGAUGAUUGCCUGCAUCUAUCAUACCCAUGUUUACAUGACAUCGUAUCGUUAGUUUAGGGAGCUUGGGUUGGGCAUGGAAUGGCGCAUGGGAGUUUACCGAUAUAUAGGUAGGCUAGCAUAGCUGGAUUUGUUGGUUUGGGUUGGAUUACGCUUUUUUGGCAUGAGGGAGAUGGGAUGACGAUGAUGAUUAUGAUGAAUAUCUGGUAUAUGACAUGGCAUGGCAUUUUUAUAUAUCUAUGCACCUUGGAUGAAUUCAAGACUUGGAAUUGGGCUGGACUGGACUGAAUUUGAUUAGGCAUAUUGGCGUGGAGAGUUUGAGGAGGGGAAGGACCUCGAGCAGGCAAACAAGUCAUUUCUCUUAGACAGCGUUGCGUCUCCUCAGCUAGGGCGAGGAUAUUAUUAUUAUUAUAUAUCGCUUAGACAGCGUUGAAUUCAGGUUAUCACCCAAGG